CCACAUUUGCUGAUUGCUGAAUUUCCCGACUGCACAGCUGGUAAUAUCACUCCACUGUCCUACUCUCCUCCUGGGUGGUUUUCACACUGGGCACGUUUGCUGCGGUCCGAAUCCGAGUAUGAUUGUUCCCGGCGCCCACAGAACUGGUCUGGUUUCUGACUCGCUUGAUUCUAUCGAACCUUGAUGCACUUGCGUUCAUCGUACGUGAUCGCAAACGCGCAUGGAGAACACAGUGACUCGCCGUAUAUUUUUAUUUAUUUAUUUAUUUAAAUUAUUUUUGGUGCUUUUAUGCAUUCCCCUGCCACUCGUGGUACACGUGUGUAACUAAUGAUGUCGACAUGAGCUAAAACGCACGCGCGGGUUACGUUACUUCCUGAACAAGUGCUGACCCGAGUACGAGUUGCGUUCACGGGAAUCGCGGCUCCGUUCCAGUGCAACCGAACCGUUUCGGGUUCGGUACCGCCGUGCGCUUGUCGGUCCCCACGACAGCUUUGGCUUUACCAGUUUUUCAUGCAGACCGUCUUCUGUUUUGGACUCUAAGCUGCCGUGUGAAAGCCUCCUUAAACGAGAAAUUUUGUUUGUUUUCCUGUCUCUCUUUUUUAAAAUUUUUUUCUCGUACCGGUUCAGGGCGAUUUAUAUUGUUUAUCGUGAUAUUUUUAAAUGGAAAAUUGCAAUCAAGGAGCGCACAGUAUCGCACCGUACUGUUUCACCAGACCAUAUCACCUACUGCACAGUUUGCAGCACAAAACAGCCGUUGUUAAGGGUUUAUCUGGGGAUUCUUGAAGAUGAGGAUUAGCUGCAACCUGUAAUGGACGUUGAAAUGGAAAAGCUUUUCCGGUUUUACCCGGUAUUAGUCAGGACAAUACACUUUGACUUUUCUCCAUGAAUUCAUUGUCCAAAUGUGUAGAGGCACACACGCACACUUCUGAAACAUUUUCAAACAUGUAUACUCUGACCUCUGCUUACAAAAGCACUGUGACAGAUGUUUGGUGGGCAGAUAGUGUAUGUGGUUAAAUGGAGGCUCAAAGUGGCCAUGGACAGACGGUUUUUUUUUUUUUUUUUUUUCCCCCGUCAAAUGCUUUUAAAGCUGUGUACCAAGCAACAAAGAUGACCAUUCUGCAGUUUAGCUUUGAAUGGCUUGGUGGCCGUUUGCCAAAGCGUCAUGCCUCUGCAGUAAAUCCAUCGGGCAAUUGUUCGGUCUUGUUUGAGGAUUCUCAUGAGGCAACAGUUUUGUUUAAAAGGAUCGAAAAGCACCGACGUUAUUUAUUAUAAAUGCAACUGUUUUUCAGGGUCAGGAUUUAUUAACUGGUUGAUUUUUUUAUUUUUAUUUUUUCCGCUUCUUCCCUCGGCAGUUAAUAAGGUGAAGACACUGUGCAGACUUUGUUUAGUCAGGCCACGUUGCGCCUACUCAACGUGUUUACCCAAGCGCAGCAGCUGGAAACUGCCUCUGUUAAUUGGCCUUGUUUCCAUGAGCUAAUCUUGAAGAAGUUGAAGUUUGUGGGCAAGGUGAUGUCUUAAAUAUGAUGAGGGAAUAUUGUCACAUUAACCAAGCAAAAUUGGGCGAACAAUACUUCAUCUUCACGGUUGCAAGGAAGCAACGUAAAUGGGCAAUGUAAACGAUUUGGGGGGGGUGGGGGACCUGCUGUUGAAGCAUCUUUUGCUGCUAAUACAGCACUCGGUCUUUUUGGGUAAGAGCCUAUCAACUUGGCAUAGCUUGAUUUGGCAAUUUUACUCCACUCUUCCUUGCAGAAAUUCUCCAGGUUGAUCAGAUUGCAAGGGGAUCUCUUGUGCACAGAUCUCUUCAUUCCACAGGUUUUCGAUAGGAUUUAGAUUUGGGAUCUGACUGAGUCAUUCCAAAAAGGUGGAUCAUCUUCUGAAGCCAUUCCUUUGUUGACUUGGAUUUGUGCUUUGUCUCAUCAUGAUGGAAGGUGAAAUUUUUCUUCAGCUGUCUAACAGAAGCCCGCAGAUUGUGCGCCAAAAUAGAUUGGUUUCAGUCCCUGCUAAAGAGAAGCAACCCCAUAACAAAGAUGCUGCCACCACCGUGCUUCGCCGUGGGUAUGGGCUUCUUUGGAUGAUGUCUGGUUUUUGCGCCAGACAUCUUUUAGGGCUAUUCCCACAAAGUUCUAACGCUUUCGCCAAAUGGUUUGGGGUUGAUUUAUAUGCAUGUCUGACAAAAUUUAGCUGGGCUUAGAUGUUGCUGUUUUAAUGCGACUCUUUUAAUGUUCGUGUAGGUGUCUAGGCAUUGUUUGCACAGUCAACAUUUCACUCUUCUCAUGUCACAUGUAAAGACCUUAUUUGAAUGUGGUUAGUGUCUGUUUUUGCUAGGCGUGCUAGCGCUGAUGUCAUACGGCGCUUUUUAUGUUGCAAACCUGGAUACGUAAUCCGCUUCUCCAGGCGCUCAGGCGAGCGAUUUGCCUAUCCCACGUUUGUUGCUGUGACUCGUGCAUCCUCAGACGGAGUUGUCGAAGAGCUUGAAAGUGAUAUUUACAUGCGCUUUAUGAAGUCCCACAAGUGCUACGACAUUGUCCCCACUAGUUCCAAGCUGGUGGUGUUUGACACAACGCUACAGGUUAAGAAGGCCUUUUUUGCCUUGGUGGCUAAUGGAGUUCGAGCGGCACCACUGUGGGAGACGAAGAAGCAGAGUUUUGUAGGAAUGCUAACAAUCACAGACUUCAUCAAUAUUCUUCACAGAUACUACAAGUCCCCCAUGGUGCAGAUCUACGAGCUGGAGGAACACAAGAUUGAAACUUGGAGAGAGCUCUACUUACAAGAAACCUUUAAACCUUUAGUCAACAUAUCACCAGACGCAAGCAUAUUCGACGCUGUGUAUUCGCUAAUCAAGAACAAGAUUCACCGCUUGCCCGUUAUCGACCCCGUCAGUGGGAAUGCACUUUAUAUCCUCACACACAAGAGGAUCCUCAAGUUCCUGCAGCUCUUCGUGUGUGAGAUGCCAAAGCCUGCCUUCAUGAAGAAGACCCUGGAAGAGCUGAGCAUUGGGACGUACAGCAACAUCGCCUUCAUUCACCCCGACACGCCGAUAAUCAAAGCCCUGUGCAUCUUCGUGGAGAGGAGGGUUUCAGCUCUGCCUGUGGUAGACGAGUCCGGAAAGGUUGUAGAUAUUUAUUCCAAGUUUGAUGUCAUUAAUCUUGCUGCUGAAAAGACCUACAAUAACCUGGACAUUAGCGUGACUCAGGCUUUGAUGCAUCGCUCCCAGUACUUCGAGGGUGUCAUGAAGUGCAACAGACUGGAGACUCUGGAGACUAUAAUGGACAGGAUAGUCAAAGCGGAGGUGCACAGGCUGGUGGUGGUAGACGAGGCCGGCUGCAUCGUGGGUAUCGUGUCCCUGUCGGACAUCCUGCAGGCCCUGGUCCUCACUCCAGCAGGUCUGACCAGGAAGGAGAGUGAGGAAGCUGAGUGAUGCACAUCAGGACUGCUAAAUUGUGUCAUGCUGCUGGAAGAGGAAGCGGGAAGUAGAUCUGAAGGUGGCGUUUGGGAUGACUUUGCAGCCCACUGAGGGCUUGCAAAAGGAGGAAAAGGGUACAUGGGUGCGAAGUGAAUGCUGCUGUAGGCCAGAUGAGGGAAUGGAUAGAUGGGGGAAUGGAUAAAUGGGCUACAGGGGCGACAAGGUGGACCACCAAGGAUCUCUUCCUCACAGGGAUUCUGCAGAGCUCAGUGUCUAAAGCUGUUACUGCACGCUCGCUAUCACUACAUAUGAAAUAUCGCCAUCUGGUGUCCGUUCCGUUGUGUGUACUAAACUCACUGUUGUACUUUUGGACUGUACCAUUAUCAUCCUGAGGGGAUUCCUUCUAGUGACAAGCAAUUUAGAACUGGUUUUAUUCACAGCAGUUUUUUUUAAUUUCCAUGUUCUUUUGUUUAUAGCACAGCUUUGGCUUGUGGGUUUACUUGCACAUUUGAAACUGUCCUUUUGGUCAGUACCAUUUAGCCACCCUUUAUUAUUAUUAUUAUUAUUAUUAUUGGUCUCCCCUCUUUCUUUAAAUGGUGCCUUCUGUCCACCAGUUGUCGCCCAUUAUGAUGGCCAAGAGAAAGCGGGAAUGUUCAAAUGAAACAAAAUGAAUGUCAGAGUCUGAAAACCAAAAUGUUUGGAAUACGUUGUCAGUGAUUUUAAUAGGUUUAAGUUUAUAUAU